AGUUUUUUUCCACCGCUGUUGUGAUUGCUCCCUCCUGCUCUAGGCAAUACAAAGAUACUUAUCCGAGAAGUACACUCCCGUGUGCUUUCCUCAAUAGAAGGAACGAACUCACAAGGAAAAGCGACUACACCGGCUGAGUCACACCUUUUCUGCUUAAAGCGUAGGCAAACACACGAACACCAACAACGCGUUGGAACGCUUCGGUGAUCUGUUUUUCUGAACCGUUGCGUGUAUCCGUACUGUAGAUUGACCAACCUGCUGAUUCCUUUGUCAUUAAAAUACAUCCCAUAUAAAACACCUCUUGUACCUUCAGGUCCGUCACGAGAGGUACAUCGUAGUCAAAGCUUGCCAUUUCCUAUUCCAGCACUCACAGGAAUUUCUGUCCAACUGCACCGAAACGGCUCUGCUACGAUGUGGGCGAUCCAUAAACUGCUUCCGCUAGCUCGACGUUUUAUACCUAUUAUUAUCUAUUAUUAACAUUGUGGUCUUAAAUAGCCCCUUUUAUUUUCCUUAUAGUGUGUUUCUAGUGGCUCCCGCUUGUCGUACACACACACCUUCACUCGUUUCUCGUUGGCAACGCAGCUGCUGACGUCCAUUUUCAUUGAGCUAUCGAAAGAAUAAUAAUUGUAUAUCAGAAAAGUACUCGGUCAGCGCACAGGAUGGAGGGCCAGCGCCGUUUUUCCGCUGCGCCCGUCAACUUUGACCGUUUCGUCUCCCUCAACCGCUCCCAGUCUCGCAGCCUGUCUCCGAACAACGAACUGCAUCAGAUGCUUCGUCCUUAUGAGAGUCGCCCAACGGCGGCGUCCCGCAGCGGACAUCGCAAGACGACCUCCACCGCGUUGCUGUCCGCAUCGUCAGCGUCGUCAUCGUCGCACCCUCUCAAGGUAGAGCGCCGCAGCAUCGACAUGCUGAAUGUCCCGUCCUCUGGCGUCGUCACCAUCGAGGGGCCGUCAACGCAGGCAGCGACGCCACCCUCCCGGAGCGCCUCUGGCGGGGCCGGCACCACCUCCACCGGCAUCUCGAUGGAAGUGGGCGCUCCAGCAGAGACGCGAUCGGAGUUGCGCUACUACAACUCAGAGGACGACACGGCAGAGCUCGAGCGGAGCCAGUUUGUGGUGGAGGAGGUGGACGUGCUGCUGCGUGCCGUUCAGCAACUAGGCAGCCCGCUGUACAACGCCGUCACUCGUCAGUUUCUAUGCUGGAACCUGCACACGUUAGAGGCGCGAUCCCGCGCCUCGUAUGGUGACACAGAAGGCAUCAGCUGCGACUUCUGCGGCCACACCGACUGGCUGGAUUCCCUCGUGGACGGAGAAGAGCAAGCGGACGACAGCGCCGAAGGCAUCGGCGAGCUGUCGGAGGUGAAGAAGGAGGAGGGAGAGAAGAAAGGUGGCCACGCCGCGUUGCCGGCGCACCGCCGCUUCUUGUACCACUGCCCGGUUUGCAAGGUUGACAUCUGUCGUGCCUGCCUGGCGGAGGUGCUCGCCGAUGAGCGCUUCCACGUGCCCUGUCUGCAGUGUCAGCGCUGCGGUGCGUACGAGACGCGCCGAAACGCCCCGCUGCACCAAUGCACGGGCACCACUGGCUGGAAGGAAGAAGGGGAGCUGGGCGAGAUACCAUCGUGGAUUCCUCGACCCAAAGAGGAAGCACCGGCGUUGCCUGCAGAGGCGGUGACGCUGAAGAAGUUGGCGGGCGUGACCGCAAUCCGCAGCCAUGUCCGGUUGGGCCUGUCACGGCGACGAGAUGGCGACGGUGCAACGGUGGCCGCAGAGACAGCACGAGAAGCGGCAGUAAUUACCCGCAAGGAUAGCAGCACCGGCCAUCCCCCGGCAGUACAGCCUGUUUCUUCUUCCUCAUCCUCCUUUUUAUCGUCUUCUGCGGUGGCAGCUCCGACGCGGAAGCGUCCCUCUGCGACGCGCAGCACGACCACGACGAAUGUCAGGCCACGUGCAACACUGGAGGAGCAGGCUGAGAGCGAUGACGGAGACGAUCUUCCGGUGAAGGAGAUUCCACCACAGCAGCAGCAGCAGCGGCGGCGGCGUCCAGGUGCGUUGUCCUCGCGCGAAUCUCGCGUCAAAGCUCCGGCUUCUUCCAAUAGCAGUCUCGAUGCACCACAGGCACAGCUGCUGCGACUCCAGCAGCAACAGCAGUCCUCUGUGCUCUCCACGGCGCGGUAUGAGGUGCACCUGGCGCCGCAGAGCAGCGACGAGGAGGAGGAGGUGCGGCGGAUAUCGCGCGAGCAGCACCUUUUGCUGAUCCCCGCCCCGUCCGUUGGAGGGACGAGUGUGGCGUACUUCCCAACGCGGCUGGCGGCGGAAUCGUGCGUCGAUCGCGCCACGGUCGGCUCGGUCGAGGCCGUUUUGAAGCGACACAGCCGCCAGUCGUGA